AAACUACGCCCCUAACUUCCAAAUAUGGUACAGCGGCUAUAACGAAUUUCUCCGCUUCUUGCAGUUUUUUGUCCGUGAACAAUGGCCGAUAGGUGAGCCGAGGGACGCCCACGGACCGUAGAUAACCCACUUUCCGUUUUGGACCCCUCAGAGGACAGUUAAAGCGCUGUCGUUCAUGGCUGCUGCCACCGUGCUCCGCAUGUGACCGAGCAGCCAGGGGAGGGGCGGGCGGUCUCGUGUACAGUACCGUGGAACACUGAGUUCUCGGUGGCAGAGCAGCAACGGCCACACCGUAGAAACAAGUCAGACGCAGCCGUAAGAACUCGACCCGGAUGCGAGCUCGUAUCGGCCAGUUUUAAAAACUGUCGUCGGCGCAGCACCGAAAAGAAACCUUUGAUGUGUUGAUUUAGUUUCGUGGGCCGAGGACGUCGUCAGUGCCGUGGGACAGAAGAUGAGCACCAAGAGGAAGGCAGAGAUCCACUCGAGGGUGGCGAACAGGCCACGCCUCAUGAAGUCUGGAGGCUCUCGCACCGAUUCAGAGAGAGACUCUGGAUUCUCAGAUGCAAGCUCAGAGCACAUGAGCGCGAUGGACACCACAGACUCUGAGGAUUCACCCCACCCUGUUCAGCAGCAGCAGCAGGGGCCACAGACGUCUGGCUCAGGGCCCCAGCCUUCUCAGCUGGCUGUGGUGGGAGGCUCCUACUCCAAUCUCUCCCCGAUGAUCAUCAUGAACAACGUUCUGCUCAAGCAGCCUGGAGAUAAUCCUCCUGCUCUGAAGCCGUGGGGGUUCAGUCCUACAGUGGAGGUGGUUCAGCAGCCUCAGGUGGUCUUUCUCCAGCCGGUGGUCUCUCGUCAAGCUUCCACUGCCUCCAAAGACUCCACCUCCAGACACAGACGCCCCAAGAAGUAUCUUCCAAUCCUGAAAUCCUACCCCAAGAUCGCACCACAUCCUGGGGACAGCUCCGGUUCCUCGGGAAGAGGAACUGCUUCUUCAUCGUCUUUCACCUCGUCUUCUUCUUCUCCUUCUCCUGCUUCUUCUUCUUCUUCUUCUUUUUCUUCAUCUUCUACUUUUUCUUCCUCUUUUUCUUCUUCUUCAGGGUCAGAGAGAUGUAGCACUUUGACUUCCAGCCAUCGGGAACACUGUCAGAGAGAGAAGCAGCAGAAAAGUGUUAAUGGUGGUGCCGUUAUCUCUGGUUCUACCACACCGAGUCUUCCAGCUCCCUCCAGCACCAUGUCUCCUCUGCUGCAGAGCCGACUGUCCUUCCCCACGACAGAAAGCUGCAGCAGUCCAGCCAGAGAGAGGCCUUCAUCAGCUAUGAACCAGACGGAGUUCAUGAGCUCCCUGUCGUUCUCUCACACCACCACCAGCUCCAAAGACCCUGGUGGUCCUCAGACUCAGGAGAACAUCCCUGCAGAAGACUGUAACCUCAGCGACGGUGAAGCCGAUUCAAAGAGGAAGCGCUUCUGCAACACCUACAACAUCCUGAGCAAGUCCGGCCUGCUGGACAUCACGCUGCGCACCAAGGAGCUCCUCCGACAGAACCGACGCACCCAGACCGACCUGGACCGGCUGAAGAACCACACGGACCUCUUCCUUCAGGCCGUGCGGAGCGGCGACACCAGCAUCUGUGUGAAACUGCAGGCCCGUCUUCAGGAGGAGGACCGGGAGAAAGAGAAGGAGAGAGCUGUUCAGGCCGGCUCAAAAGGAGAUUAGACCCAGACUAGUGCUUGAUGGUAAUCCCUUAGUCUGAGAUGGAAAGGAAGGCCGGGGUUGGGGGGGUGUUUGGCGCGUGCAGAAACAGAUGGACCGCGAGUAAUGUGCUCUGUAACACACCCAACCCCCCGACUCCCAGACAGAGUGCUGUGGCCUACAUUUUGGCCGCCUCAGGGCCCUGACACACCAAGCCAACCUAAAAAAGUCAAGUGCAGACUUUUUCUUUCUUCACAUUUUCUGCUAAAAGUUCCACUUGAGCUUAUUGUGCUCGUACAGAUGGUGACCAGUUGACCUCCAACAUAUGUUCUUCACCUGAAAGAGAACAGGUGUAGUCAGCAGCCUGUUUCUGUAAUCCAGAAAACACUGCAGACAAUGAGGCAAAGAAAGCCACACUAGGAUUACAGCACUGUGGAUUUGUGAAAGUAGUUUCAUUCGCUGUGUUUACAUCAUGACAUUAGAAAAACUUAGUGGAGAUAGCAAAAUUUUGAAAUUUGCAAAAAGUGUUUGCACUUGGGGCUGCACAGUGGAGCAAGAAGAUCCCCGGUUCAAAUCCCGGGGUGGGCCUGGGAUCUUUCUGCAUGAAGUUUGCAUGUUCUCCCUGUGCAUGCGUGGGUUUUCUCCUGGUACUCCAGCUUCCUCCCACAGUCCAAAAAUAUGCUGAGGUUAAUUGAUUACUCUAAAUUGCCCGUAUGUGAGUGUGAUUGUUUGUCUGUAUAUGUAGCCCUGUGACAGACUGGCGACCUGUCCAGGGUGUCCCCUGCCUUCGCCUGAGUCAGCUGGGAUAGACUCCAGCACCGCCGCGACCCUCGUGAGGAUAAAGCGGUGUAUAGAGGAUGGAUGGAUGUUUGCACAGGCAUGAGGUGCUUUUGGACUUCUUGAGUAAAAAAAGAAACUUAAUGCACCAACUUUGACAUGGCAUAUAUUAAACUGCACUUUUAGUCUCCAGACAGCCUCAAACAAUUCCAGUACUAGAAGACUUCAAAAUUAAAGCUUGGCUGAUUUACAAUUCCUAAAAACUUUUCAAAUUUUUUCUUUCCCCCCUUUCCUAAAGUUUUGGGACAGUUAACGUCAGCCGAUAUUAUGCCACCAGUUUAUUUGCUUUAGAGCAGUUUACAAAACCAAGCCUUAUUUUUUUUCUCUUAAUUUUUUUGUGACAUUUUAAAAUUUCUCGGCCUUCAAAGGGUUUGCUGUACAUUGAGGAUUUUUCCUGGCUGACUAUGCACAAAAAUAUGCAUGAUUGAUCCAUGAACAUCUUCUUUACCAGAUAUCUAGGCAUUUUCUUGUUAUUUCAGACCACUUGAAAUGCAAAUAUCUCUAUUACUGUCAAGUAAAUUAAACCCCUCCUCAGCUCUCUUUUCACUUUGGCUCUGGCUAAAGCUUCUUUUCCAGUUGCCAGAAACUUUUCUAUGCUGGAAAGUCCCUGACAUUAUACACUUUGCUUUGAUGUCAGUGGUGUCUCUGCUUCUGGAAAAACAUAAAACCAAUAGUUUUUUGUUUUAUAUACAGUGUAUUUGCUGGGUCGGUCAGAGAGCUUCACAGCUUAUUCAGAAAGUUCAGUCGUCUCCUGCUGAACUGUGCUGUUGGCUUGGUGUGUCAGGGACCAAAUAAGGCCAGAACCACAGCUUUCUGUUCUACCACGCUGAGCCCGACUGGAUCUCUUCCACUCAAACUGCCUCUGUGCUGCACUAAAGUCUCUUGCUCAAGACCCGAAAGCUCAGAGAGAUUUGGAUCUAAAGUGUGAACAAAUUCUCUCUUUUACUAAAUGCACAAUGGAGGCGCGGUAUCUGAAAGCAUAAUUUAAGCCCCCAGAAAUCGAGUAUUUACACUUUGCAGCGCAUUGGAGGAGGUGUUUUCAUCUAAAGUUGAAUAAUUCUGACUGCAGAAUGUCUCAUCGCAUUAAAUUAAAGUAGGAUGACAUUUCUGUUGUUUCUACAGGUUUUAUUCGUGCUGGUUUUCUAAAAUGCUCCACUGAUUUUAUGCUAAACAGAAUAGACUUCAUGCAGCAGUUCCAGAUGUGUAAAAUUAAGGAGGUAUUGAAUGUGUUUAAUGCCAGUCAGCAUCUCUAAAUAGACAAAUGUGCCUAAAGUGUCUCUUUUUUUUCCUCCUCCUGCUGCAUCUUCAAACUUGAGUUGAAUAAUUUGGCCCAGUUUCAACUUCAGCGUUCCCAUCAUGUUGAUGGCAGAUGUUCCUGUGCAAACUGGCUGGAAGUGAAGCUCAUAAUAGCCGUUUAGAUGCUUCCCUAACGACAUCCCAUUGUAACGGGUGUUUCCUGUCGUCAGACCAGAUCUACCAGUGACUUGUGUAUGAUUUCUUUCAUCUGGUUUGUGUGUGUGUGCGCGCGUGUGUUUUUGAUGCACACAUGGGUGUAAUUUAACGUUUAAUGCUGUCGAAAUAACUUCAGAAUGUUUCAGUUCUGAUCUGCUUUCUGUUUACGUCUGUGUGAAACAUACUUUGUGUGAACUUAAAGUCCACUGAAGACCAGUCAUUGUGCUUCACCUUUGUUCCUCCUAAGUCCAGAUUUUUAAAAAAAAAAACUUGUUAUUGUUAUUACAAAUAUAAAACAGCUGUUGAGUUUUUAAGAUGCUUUAUUGUUAACUUUCAUGUUUUUAAAUUAUGGCCUUAAAUCCAAACCCAGUGUGUGUGGCAGAACUUUGAAUUUGCACUAAAAUAUUUUAAAGAAUUAACUGGCAGCUAUGAAACUGUAGCUCGUUUAAGAUGGACAGGAAAAGUUUUUUUUUUUUUUAAAUUUUCUUGCAUGAAGAGCAUUGCGAGUCAUUAUAAGCACACUACUGGUUUCUACAUGAUAGGGCUGCAACUAACCACUACUUCCACUGAUAAUUAUUGAUUGAGUUGUUGUUUGGUCUAUAAAAUCAUAAAAAUAUCAGCAGAUGUUUUUUUUUUUAAAAAGUCAAUCGGUCCAAGAUGACGUCCUUAACCCUUGUGUCGUCCUGUGGGUCAAAAUUGACCCGUUUUAAAGUUGGAAAAUGUAGGGAAAAAAAAUUCACAGUGAAACUUCUGAUGUCCACAUUUUCAACAUUUUUGAGAAAUCUUUGAACAUUUUUUUGGUGGGAAAAAAAAUAAAUGUUAAAAAUGUUUCUUUAAGAACAUUCACAUAAAAAUCAACCAAAAUCCAGCGAAAUUCGCUGGAUUUUGGUUGAUUUUUAUGUGAAUGUUCUUAAAAAAAAUAUUAGAAGUUUUACUGAUAUAUAUGGAAUCACUUUAGAUAUUUUGGGAGAUUUUUUAAAAAGGUUUUUACUCAAUUUUUGAAAAUAUUUACAAGAAUUUUCUUGCCAAAUUUGGGGUAUUAUUUUUUCAAAUUUAACUUUGAAGGGAAAUUUUUAAGGAAUUAUUGGAAUUUUCUUCCUGAAGGUUUUACAAAUUUCCAGAAAUUUGGGGAAUUUUUUUGCUAAAUUUUUUGAUUUUUUUUUCAGACAAGAAAACGAUAUUUUUUGGUGCCUGUAAAUGAGGACAACAGGAGGGUUAAAAGAUGUACAAUUUCCUGUCAUAAAGGUGAAAAGAAACGAGAAAAUAUUCACAUUUAAGAAGCUUAAAUCAAAGAAUUUAGGCUUUUUGCUUCUGAAAUUACUCAAAUCAAGUAUUUGUUGCAGCUCUGAUGCAAACUAAUUUAGAAUUAUUUGUUUUAUUAUGAGUAUUUUCUUCGGUCUUACACUUUUUUUUUUUUUUUGCAUAUUCUGUAUUAUAUUAAGCCUUUAAACGACAUGUGCUGUGGUGAUUUUGUACAAUACUUGCUGUGCUUAUGCUGACUUUAAAGGCUCAUGAGGAACUUUGUAAUUAAGGGAUAUUUCUGUAUAUUAAUUCUUGCUUGCGGUUUAAACAAAUGCACAUAAGGACAUUUUAAUUCAUAGCGGAACAUGCAGAGGUAACUUUGUGAAUGCAUUGUGGGUAUUCUCUAUAUUUGGAGUGCUGUGAAGAACUUGGAUCUGUCGUUUUAUUCGUCACUCUGCAGAGAACGUGUCGGUCUGUUAAGCGAUCAGUUUACGUUUUGAAGGUUUAUUGGGAGUUCACUGUGGCUGUUCGCUCCGCCGGCUGAUAGUUUGAGGUUGCAGUGAAGAAGUUUGAGGUCAGCUUAACUGCUCCACCCAGUUUCUUUACUGCAGUGCACCACUUUUUACUGUCAGCAAAGCAGUCUGGGAUGCAUCGUACAGUCCGUUCUGCUCGUUAUCUCCCCUCCCAACAUCACUGUGGAUGUUGUGGUCGUACAACUGACCAAAAAAAAGUCUUAUUUCCUUUGCUCCUGUGUCUGUACAACAAAGUCCAGAGGAGCUUUAAAUGUUGGUUUUGGUUCAGAAGCAUUUCCUGCACAUUAGCUGCUCAGUACAUGUAAACAAUCCGCAUGAUUCCUCUCACUUUGCACAUACCUGUUUUUUCUGGCAGCUCCGAGUUGUAACAUUCAACAGUUUUGAGCUCCUUCCUUCGAGUCUCGUGUUGGAAACCUUUUGUACUCGAGGCCACUAUUUAUAGAGCUGAAUUUGAAGUUACUCCAAAUGAAAUUCCUGGCUUGCGUAAUCUGUCUUUGACUCUCCCUCGCUGUAUCUUAAACGCGCUCCUUGUGUCUUCCACUUCUAAUGAACUGAGCUCAGGCUAAUGAGCGCAGCAGCUCUGUCUCAUGCUGAUAAGUUUCAGUUCUGCAAACACUAACAAGAUGUUGAGAAAAUAUCUUCAUGAUGUAGAGUUUCCUGCACCGUAACGUUAAACAACUUGUCAAAUGGUUUCCAUCCAGCGGGGGGUUCAGAAGACCCACAGUGCAUUUACAAAUGAGUUUUAGUGUGAUAAAGACGUGCUUCACAAAUGUAAAUUCUUACAUAACAUGCCCUGCAUAAUGGACGCUGUUUGGCUUCUUUAUUCAAAUGUCUAGCUUGCAAUUCAGUGUGCAAAGUGGCAACACAAUCCUCAAUCCUGAAAGCUCGAUUAUUUUGCAUUUUAUCUUUCAUGCUGCGUAUUAGAACUGUACCUGAUGAUUAUUUUCAUUGCUGAUGGAUCCAUUAUGGUGAAAAAUGUUGUCCUGAAGAUGACAAAUGUCUUGUUUUGUCCAAAAAUAUUCAGUUUGCUGUUGUAAAGGAGGAAAGAAACUCGAAAAAAUGCACAUACAAGAAGCAGAAAUCACACUGAUGAAAUGGUUGAUGAUCAGUUUAAUCAGCAGCUCUACCACUUAUCUCUUCAUCUCAGCUGUAAACCUUAGCUCAAUAUCCUUUGAUGCAAAAAAAAAAGGCAUAAUUAUGUCGUGAUAUUUUUCCCGGCUGUGUCGUUUCUGUGCUGUUGUUGCUACAAUAGAGGAGUAAUCUGUUGAAGUGCCAUGUGUCCUUACUGAAGGCCUUAUGAAAGCGGUGAGGCUGCGGUCACAAACAAAUGCUCUUUUCACAGUUUUUCUGUUUUGGGACCUUUACCACUCAUACCCAAUUAUUUUAUUUCUUGGACCAAGAACACAUCUCUCACAUUUUACCGAAAAUUCGUGUGAACUCCUUUCUUCUCACACAGCUGCAGAAUAUUGUCGGGAUUGGUGCUGAUGCUGUGUUCUGUUGACAUGAAAACACAAACCUUUUCUAACCUUCUGCUGAAAGUAGAUGUUGCUGUUUUGAUGCUGGUUCACCACAAGUAGAAUAAAUUAGUGAUGUUUUGGCUGGAAAUGGCACAACUCUGUCAAUGUUUUCCUUGUUUUCUGCCUCCAGUCGAUUGUUUAUUUACUACAGAUUACGACCAUCAGCUCACCGGAACUUAACAUCUGGAUCUGUGCAGCUGCUUUUUUUUAUUCUGUUCACGUGAUCGGCCGUUUAGUGACUGAACUGUUAUGUGCUACACGCUGCAUCAUGGACUGUUGUUGUUGUCGUCGAUGCAUGAUCAUGCUACAUGGCUGCACUUUUCUGUUUUUUAAGCAUUCACACUAGUUUUGCAUGUGCAGUAGGACACUUAUUGUUGUUUAGGAACACUGGAUUUUACGUUUCCACCUUUUUAAACAUCGGCAGCUUUGACUUCUCAGUGUGCUUCGGUCUGCCUUCUUUUAUUUUUAACACGUUUCAGGAGUAGUUCAGCAGCAAUAGUGAUCUACAACAUCAUAAUUAACCCGAAUAAUUGCUCUUAAAUGUGAAACAAAGGAAUUGUGAUGGGAUUCAUUUAGUGGAAUUGUGCGGACUGAAUGUAGUGUGGUUUGUUUUCUUUUCUAAAAAUGUAUGGAUGAGUGUAAUGUCUUGUAGAUGUAAAACCUGAGGACAUAAAUGAGGACACUUCAGCUAUAUCAAUCAAAAAAAAAAUCAGUAAUUUGAGAAAGAUUUGAUGUAAAAUGCUCUUUUUGUACAUUUUAUUAGGGUAGAGACUCUUUGCUUGUGUAAUAAAUGUCAUUCCAAAGAA